AUGGAUGCAUUUUUUCUUUCUUCAUAUAGUAACAUUUACGAUUUGCUGUAUCGUAUAUUGUUCCUCUCUCUCUCUCUCUCUCUCUCUCUCUCUCUCUCUCUAAUUCUUUUUUAUUUUACUUCUUUUGUUUUCUUUCAUUCUUUCUUUUUAUUUUUAUUUCCGUUUUCCUUUUUAGAUUUAUUUCAUUCAUUCUUUCUUUUUUCGCUGUUUUUAUUUUUCUUUCUAUUUUUCGUUUUGACUUCUUUCUUUUAUUCUUUAUCUCAUUCUUUCUUUCUUUUUCCUCUCUGUCUUUCCUACACUCUCUGUACUUGUUUCUUUCUUAAAUUUCUUAUAAUUCUCUUUCUUUUUUCUCUCUUUCAUUUCAUUCUUUCUAUCUUUCGUUUUUUUCUUCCUUAUAUUUAUAUUUUUAUUUUAUUUAUUUUCUACUUUCUUCCUAAUAUUUUUCUUUCAGUUGUUCUUUCUUCAUUUCUUCUUUGUAUUUACUACGAUAUUUCUUUCCUUUUUUUCGUAUUAUAUUUCUUCUUUCUAUCUUUGAUUAACCAUUCUUUUCUUUCUUUUCUUUAUCCACCCCAACACUUCCUUAAUCCUUCUUUAUUUUCAUCUAUUCCCUUCUUUUUCCUUCAUUUACACCAUUUUCAUUUUUAUUUCAUUCAUUCUGGUGUUUUUUCUUUCAUCUUGUUCUUUUUCAUUAAGCUGCUUCUUUCUUUUCGUCUUCAUUUUUCUCUUUUAUUUUUGAUAAUUAUUUUAGCUACUUUUUCUAUGCCACACAAUUCUUUCUUCAUUUUUCAUUCCUUUUUCUUUUUUUUUUUUGACUGGGAAAAUUACUUGAUCUUUUUUUUUGUUUUUUGUUUUCAUUUCUUUCCUUUUCUUUUGUUAUUUUUCUCCAUCCAACGACUUCUUGUUUAUGUCCCUCUCUGUUUUCUAUCAUUUUCUCUUUCUUUGUUCUUUUUUCGGCUCUUUUCUCACGUGUUUGUCUUUAUUUCUUUUUUUUCUUUUUCCUUCUUCAUAUUCAAUUACACUCUCUCUUCCUUUCUCUCUGUAGCCUUUUCUUUUCCACAUUUUAAUUCUUGCUCAUUCUCUUAUUCUUUUUACUUUCUCCAUUUUCUUUUUCCUUUUUUUUUCCACAAUUUAUUUCUUUCUCUCGCUCCUUCUCUCUUUUCCUUUUACAUGUUUUUCUUUUUCUUUUAUUUCUUCUCUCUUGCUCGUUCUCUCUCUUCAUUUUCGUUUUCUUUCUUCCUUCCUUUUUUCCUUUUCUUUUACACAUUUUAUUUCUUUUUCCCACUCGUUCUCUCUCUACCUUUUUCUUUCUCUUUCUUCCUUCCUUUUUCCCUUUUCUUUUCCACAUUUUAUUUCCCUCACUUUGUUUCCUUUUCUAUAAGACAUUCCCUUUUUGCAUAUUUUUUAUUUUAUUUUAAAAUCUCAUAUAUUCUUCACUCUUUCUCUUCUAACUGCUUUCUACCGUUCUCUCUCUCUCUCUCUCUCCCUCUCUCUCCCUUUAUUAUUUCACACUCUUUUUUUUUCUCUGUUUCUGUUCUGUAA